UACAAUACUGUAAGUGCAUUUACUCGAUACACGAAAGAAGAUGGCGUUACGUGUAACUUAAACCUCUGACUAGCUGAAAUGGUUUUAAAUUACGUAGCCUAGACUACUGGUCUACAAUAUAGUAAAUAUAAAUCUUAAGGUCCAGCAGUCCCGUUUAAUAUCACGAUUCACCAUCGUCAUCGGUAUAUAAUGUUUCGAGUCGGUAAUACAGGUGACAUUAAUUCUAUAUGGAGCCACUAACCUCUCUACACGUGCAUGCACGAUAUUUGACUCGAUUUUAAAUUCGCACGUGAGCAUUGCAUUGCCUACAGACAGCGGCGCGCGUUCACAGCCCACUGACGUCGCUGAAGGGGCGGGGCCGGUGUCGUGACAACCCAGAGCCAUAACGUUGGAAAGUGUAGUUUAGGGGGCAGGUCUUAAAAAUUAUAAAACUGAGCUAUAUAAGCUUCUACAGUUUGUUCCUGUUAUGUGUUUGGAACAGUUAAAGACAACGCCGUCUCUCGUUUUUGUAUGAGGCUUAGGUUUGAUAAUAUAUUCGGCAUAUUCAUCUCUUUUAAUACAGCCGUACACCGUAGUGCUAGGGACGUUUGGUAAUGCAUACCGGUAAACUGCAGCAGUCUCAAGCGGAUUCGUUUAAAUUAAAAGCCCUUAUUAAAACUACAUUACAUAUAGUUGUAUUGCAUUUUUGUAUUUAUAAAAUUGUAAAUUAAUGUAUGUAUUUUAUUCGAUUAUAGCGCUCUUUUACUGCUGAGACAUUCGCUUUAUUCGGCUGUAAACGUUUGUAAUUAUGGGAGUAGGAGCUGAAACCGAAAACGCGUCCAGUAAGUUUUCAUUGCAGCAGCUUGACGAAAAAGAGGAGGUAGAGCUCGACAAUGAUGGAGCCGUGAGGAUGGUAAAGGACGAUCUCCAGUCAACUGAGCCGAGAGAAACGUGGGGUCGGCGCCUCGAGUUCGUGCUCGCUUCCGUCGGUUACGCUGUGGGUCUGGGAAACGUGUGGCGCUUUCCGUACUUGUGCUACAGGAGCGGAGGAGGUGCUUUCUUGAUUCCCUACUUGAUCAUGUUGUUUCUCUGUGGUAUCCCACUGCUGUUCAUGGAGUUCACCGUUGGGCAGUACACCCGUCUGGGGCCAGUCCAUUCUCUGGCUAAAAUAUGUCCCCUUUUCAAAGGUGUGGGGCUUGCCACAGUGGUGAUUUCAUAUGUGCUCUGCACCUACUACAAUGUGCUCAUGACCUGGGCUCUCUACUACCUGCUUCACUCGUUCAGCCCCUCGUUGCCUUGGCAGUCCUGCAACAACACAUGGAAUGCAGUUGGCAACUGUUCCACUGGAUUUCCUGGCAAUGCCACACAUCUGCAAUCAGCCAGUCAACAGUUCUUUGACCAUAAGGUUUUAGAAAUGACCACUGGGAUUGAGCAUGCUGGAGGCAUUCGUUGGGAACUCUUUGGCCUUCUAGUCCUGGCCUGGGCCAUUGUUUAUUUCUGUAUCUUUAAAGGAGUCAAAUCCACUGGAAAGGUUGUGUACUUUACUGCCACGUUCCCUUAUUUCAUACUGUUUGCAUUGCUGAUCAAUAAUGUCCAGUUGCCUGGAGCAAAAGAUGGUAUUCUCUUUUUCCUCAUGCCAAAUUGGAGUAAACUCUUGGAAGUCCAGGUGUGGGUCAAUGCUGCUGCCCAGAUUUUUAACUCCAUUGGUAUCUCCUUCGGUUCUAUGAUAUCUAUGGCCAGUUACAACAAGUUCAACAACAACAUCCUCAGGGACACAUUUAUCGUCUCUCUGGCUAAUUCAGCCACAAGUAUCGUGGCCGGGUUUGUUAUUUUUUCUGCCAUCGGGUACAUGGCCCACAUUCACAACCUACCAGUAGAUGACAUUGCCACAGAUGGGCCUGGUCUGGUGUUUGUGGUGUAUCCUGAAGUCUUCUCCACUAUGCCAGUCUCUCAGCUCUGGGCUCCUCUGUUUUUCAUCAUGUUACUCUGCCUCGGAUUGGACAGUCAGUUUGCCAUGGUGGAAGUGGCUGUAACUUUCAUCAUGGAUGGAUUUGGCAAGAAAGUUCUGAAAGUUUUUAAGAGGAAGGAGCUGAUUGUUCUGGCAGUGUGCAGCUUUGGUUUUCUGCUGGGGAUUCCUCACAUUACUAGGGGUGGGAUAUAUGUGUUUCAGCUGAUGGAUCACUACACAGCCGUGGUUUCUCUCAUGUUUCUGGCCUUCUUCGAGGUGCUCGCCGUCACAGUCAUAUUUGGAGUGAGACGGCUCAGUGUAAUGGUGGAGAAUAUGCUGGGGAAGAAACCGAACCUCUUCUUCCGUGUCUGCUGGCAGUUCCUGUCACCCAUGCUUGUGCUGGGUAUUCUGAUCUCUAGUAUUGUUCAGUACACUCCGGCUCGAUACGGUAAGUCCUACACAUACCCGCUGUGGGCCGAGGUGGUGGGCUGGUUCAUCUCUCUCGUCUCCAUCAUCUGGAUUCCGCUGGGGGCUCUGCAUGAGCUUUGGACCACGGAAGGGUCUCCGCUGCAGAGGUUGAAGAAGUCCGUAUCUCCAACCAUAGAUCUGGAGAAACCAUCCGGCGAAUCCAUUGCGCUGUUUACUGCUGCUUAGACACCUGUAUGUGAGAUCUUGGUAUGUUUACUCAUUAGAAGUACAAAGUAGCUUUGCUUAAACUGUAAAAAAUUAUCAUUCUAUGUUUUUAUAUUUUGUUGGUUUAUUUGAGUAAUGCUGAAAAGUACAAACAUCAAGGAGGACCCAGAAUAACAAUAUGGCAUUAAUAUUGAAGAUUUUUGUUUUUUAGUUUACUCAUUGAAGUGUUUUAUUACAUGUAUUUGUUUGAUUAUUUAACAGUUUUGUAAUGAUUUUAUUCAUAUUUUCUUUGUGGAGAGAGAAAUUGCAAGAUUUUGGUUGGUUUUCUCUGUUAUUUAAAAUUUUAAUAAUUAAGCAUUGAUCUUGAACUUUAUAUUUUCAUACUCUGAUCUGAAGCACUGAUGAAACCUUAAAAUGUAUUAGAAUUUCAGAGACAACAUACUUCAUUUCAGAAUUCAAACAUUAAUGCUGCUGCACUCACAAAUGCCUGUACAAAAUGUCAAUGCAACUCUUCCACAAAGCUUUUAAACGUCAGCAUCAAUUUGUUAUGGCUACAACAACAUUCACUCACAUAGACUAGUGCAUUCAGAUUCUAUACACAACAGAAAAAGAAAAAAAUACAAAGAGCUGGUUUUAGAUUCCUUCAUGUUCACAGAGGAGCAAGGUUACGUGAGUGGAAAUCCACAAAUCCACCUGCUUAUGACUCAUGCGAGUUUUCCCAUCUAUUUUGUAAAUGUUAACUGUCGCUGAAGUUUACGGGGGCGAAAUGAGGACCAGGAUAAAGGUAAAAAGUAAAAAAAAAAUGUGUGUCCUUAUUUGUAAGCACUUUCUGAAAUCACCUUUAAGGCCUAUGCUUUGAUAGAGAUUGUACUAAAAUUCAUGAUUACCAUUUUUAAUAUUUUAUUACUCUGUUUAGUAUAAAAAGAUGAUUUUAAAAAAAGCUUUUAUAUCAAAAUGCAUAUUUAUAAAAAAUAGUUUUAAAUGCACAAUAUUGCAAACAAUUACUGAUAAAUCAUAAAUAGUAGUAUCCACUGAAGCAGUGAUAAUUAUAUUGUAUAAAUAUUUAUAUUUGUACCGUUAUUUUUUAACAUGCAUAUCAUUGUCAUACUUUGUCUUUUUAUUGUGUCAGAAUGAAUACUUGUUUUUUAUUUUAAUGACACUACAGAAGGAUAAUUGUGCAAACAGUUGUUCUCAUUUGUCAUUAUAGUGUAUGGAGAUCAAAUGUUUUAUAUAUUCAAAUUGUCUUUAUGUCAUGACUGACCGUUUUAAAUGCAAGUGGCUUACCAAAAUAAAAGGCUUUGUGUUUGUCACUUUCA